UCUACUCAUUUCCUCCCUCUUUCAUCAACAGAUCACUCGAUCUUUUUUCUUUUUGCUUUCUUUUCUUUUUGUUCCCCCUUUACUCUCUAGCCCACAAAAGGGUCCCAUCCAUUCGAAAGUUUUAGUUUUUGAGAGAUUUUGAAUGGUUUUGUCUUCUGGGUUUUGCAAUAGGUUCCAAUUUUGGAAGUUCUAACUAGUUUUUCAAAGAAAGUGGAAAUUUUAGUCAAUUUUGGCUACUGGUUAUUGCCUCAAUUCAAGAUUUUUUUGUUUUCUUCAUUUUAAUCUUUAUUUUGUCACUAAAUUUUGGAGGGGGUUGGUUGGUGGGCUAGCAUUCUGAGCAUAAGAAGUUCAAGUUUAAGGAAAAUGGUUAUAUUGUACAAUGGGUGCAUUCUGUGGAAGUUGUACCUGAUUCUUGGCAAAAAAUCCAUUGUAGAUAAAAGCUUCUAUUUUUGGAUUUUUCAGAUCUUUAAUAGGUAUAGCUUGGGUACUUAGCAACAACAAACCUUCAUUUCUCUGCUCUGUUUGAGUUCUGUUUUUGUCUUGUUUCUUUCACAUUUUGGCUUUAGAGAGAACUAGAACUAGGUAGACCCAGAUAAUGGGAGGGACUUCACUGCCACCAGGGUUUCGGUUCCAUCCAACUAAUGAGGAAUUGGUGGGAUAUUACCUGCACAGAAAAGUUCAUGGGCUUGAAAUUGAGCUUGAAGUUAUUCCUGUGAUCGAUUUGUACAAAUUUGAUCCUUGGGAGUUGCCAGAGAAGUCAUUCCUUCCAAAACGAGACAUGGAAUGGUUCUUCUUCUGUCCCAGGGAUCGAAAGUACCCGAAUGGCUCAAGAACAAAUCGAGCUACUAAAGCUGGCUACUGGAAAGCUACUGGCAAAGACAGGAAAAUUGUCUGUCAAUCUGCUGUGACUGGAUUUAGAAAGACACUAGUUUUCUAUGGCGGACGAGCUCCUUUUGGGGAUAGGACUGACUGGGUAAUGCACGAAUAUCGUCUCGGCGAUGAUGUUUCUCAAGGAUCAUCAAAUUUUCAGGGAGCUUUCGCUUUAUGCCGUGUUGUUAAGAAGAAUGAGCAAGGGCACAAGACAAGCGAUUCACAUGGAGAGCCUAAAACCAAGAACAUUGGUAGCAGCUCACGCAAUGGGGAUUUCACCUCAGCAGUGAUCUCCAAUGAGCACAUGAGUGCCUCUGAUGACAUUUCUUCUCAAGCAACCUAUCUGUAUAAUGAGAGUCAUUAUUCAAGUCCCCCCAUUGCUUCUCCUUAUCAAGUCACACCGAUGCCUGAAUUUGAGUCCCUUUCAAUGGAGAGCAAUCCUUCGAGCCUCUGGGUUUCGCCUGAUCUAAUUCUUGAUUCUUCAAAGGAUUACCCAGAACUGCAUGAAGCUGCAUCUGGAUACUUUCCGCAGUGCGAGUAUCCAAGCUCAAUGACACCAUGGCAACCAUAUGAACAUAGAGAGUUCUCAUCAAAUUCAUCAUACUUGAAUUUUCCCAGAGAAUUUGGAACCGCUGAUGAUCUCAGUCGCACUGGAUACAUGUCACCUUACUCAGGGAAUGGAAAUUACCUCGGUUUUAGUGGAAAUGAGGAUAUGCCUUAUGAAGGCCAAUUUGCAGACAAGCAAGUGGAAGAUGGAAGUUUGGGGGAAUACGGCGGACUUUGGUGUCAGGAAGACAAUAUGGUGAUUGUGAUAUAGAGGUGUAGCAUAACUAUGAAAAGGGUCUCCAAGACAACGCCUUUUAUUGUUUGUUCUUGGAAGGGAAAAAAAUAAAUUGUAAAACUCCUUCCUUGUGUAUUAAGUUGAAUUGGCUUUGGUGCGAGGGACUCUCUGUGUUGUGUUGGGUACUGGAACUGGUUUUUUCAUACUGUCAGGUUCUACCCCCUGGUGGCAAUCACUUUUAUAUAUUGCAUCAGGAGUAGGUGUCUUUGUAAAAUAAGUUUCUUGAAUAGAAUCUGCCUCUAAAUUAUAAGUUAUAA